CUUGUGUCAAAUUUAUAUGAUUUAACCAUUUUUUUUUUCUUUUUCUCUUCCAGAAUUAAUGUCUACUACUAAACGUAAAGGAAAGACAGUUCCUUGUGAAGGUUGUAGAGAAAGAAAGAAAAAAUGCACAACUGGUCAGCCUUGUGAAAGAUGUAAUCGACUUGGUAUUCAAUGUUAUUACAUUAAAUCAGUAAUUCCACCAAAAAUUGAAUACAUUGAAGCUGCUUAUAAUCAACAACUUCAAUUUCACAUCAACAUGUUGGAAGAAAACAUGAAAAUUUUAGAAAAAGAAUUAUAUUCUUUAAAAUUACCAUUACUUGUUGAACAACAAAAAUAUAUAUUGGAAGAUACUAACUCUGACACGGAUUCUUCAACAUCUACUUUUACUUCUUCUUUAUCGACUUAUAAUAGUAGCAUGACAACAUCAAAAGACUGGAAACUUACAUUUAAUAAAGAUGGAAGCAUAAGUAUUAAUACUGAUAUUCAAUCGCAUUCAAACUUAUUAAAUUAUAUAAAAACAUUCAGUACAAUACAAGUGAUAAACAGGCAACCUACAUUACCUGUUAUAGGAUAUCUUAAGCGAAAUGGGUUAAGUAGUAUAAUUCGAAAGGGGAGUUAUUUAGCUACAGUACAAUCUAUACAGAAUCAAUCGCAACAACAGCAACACUAUAAUAAUAUAUCUCAACUGUCUGUAUCACAGCCUUUAUUUUCUCUUUCCUUCUUAAAUCUUCCAGAGACAUCAAGAGUGAAUGAUAAAGUUCCUAGUAUUCUUUAUGAAAGAAAGGAGUUAAGUUUAGAACUCAUCAAUACCUAUUUCUCUUGUUGCUUUUUAAAUCAUGUUAUCUUUCAUCAAAAGACUUUUUAUGAUAUGUUUAUAAAGGAUCCAUCGGAUUUAGAGACUUCACCUGUCGUCUCUGCUCUUUGCGCAAUUAUUUUAGUCAUUCAUUGUAAACAUAUUAUGGCUAUCGUUCCCUAUGAUCAACAAUUUGCAUUAGGAGAAUAUUAUUUUAACAAAGCACGUUCAUUCAUUUCAAUUCAAUUUGAUGAACCCACACUAGAGACCAUGAUCACUUAUUUACUCAUGUCACUUUAUAAAGGGAAAAUAUUACAGCCCAAGGCAUCUUAUAUGUAUCUUGAUAUGGCGAUUCGAAUACGUCAAAUAUUAAUAGAAACUGUCUAUAGACAACCUCAUGUCUCUUUAGAAAACAACUGUAGAUCAGGAGAAUAUGAGACGUUUGUAAGACUUCAUGCAGCCUUUCUAGAUGCGACUCAAUUUAUUCAGUUUAUCAAUAAUCAACGAGGGAUACCUUUAAAUCGUAAUACGGGUGGAGGGCCUAAGGCGCCUAUGACAUUGGAUAACGAAAAGAAAUCUUUCUUAAGAUCCUUUUAUUUAGCCUGUCAAGAUUUCUGUCUCUCAAGGGCUCUACCAGAUGAAACUCAAGAGAUUAAGCGAGCGAUUAUGAGAGAAUAUUAUAUAGGACGCAUGAGUAAGACGAUGCAUCCUUACCUUAUUCGUGUUCGAUUUAGUGAUGAUGAUUGUAUUCCUCUUUCCUUUAUAAAGGACAUUGAACGAGAUAUAAACAGAUUAUAUUAUCAACAGAUACCCAAAGAGAAUCAAUUAAAUUCAACUAUCUUUGAAGAUGGCAUACAUGAGAUUGAGUUUAAGAGACGUAUGAAAGAAGAUAAACGAUCUAAUCCUGACUCAGUAAGUUUAGCAGCCCAGUAUUUUCAAUGUUUAAUUGCAUUGUAUGAACCCUAUUUACCCAUCCUUCCUGUCUCUCCCACAUUGACUCACCAUCUACUCACGAUUCAAGGUCUCCCGAUUGAGCAUGACAUGUUACAAAAUCCAAAUAAUAAUAAACGAAAAAGAAAUGUCAUGAUGGAUGAGCAGGACGUAUCAUCCUAUGAUCUGUUGGCUCAUACUUUACGAGCGCAAGCCAUUUGUUAUAAAAGUGCUAUUCAAGUCGUUCGAUUAUUAGACUAUCAAUCUACAGUCCUCGGUACAUGUACAAUAUCAUCCGCUAAUCUCUUAUGUGCUUGGGAUAUCUUGAUACGAAAUUCAUGUCUUGCAAUGACGGAGAAGGAAAUCGAAGAAGAGAUAAGAAUUAAAAAAUUCUUAUCGAUACAAGAGGUUCGACUCUCUCGAGAAUAUGCUUUGAGAUGUAUUGAAAUCUUUAGAAGAGGUUAUAUGUUUAAUAGUGCAGAAAAAGAGAUUUGGGCCUAUUAUGAAGCAGUUGCGAAACAAUUAUCAAGUACAUUAUGUCAACCAACUCCUUCAACAGCGACCUAUUGGGAACCUGCCUCUAUUUGAUACAUGAUCAUCAUCAUUUUUUUUUUUUUUUUGCAUUGUAUUCAUAUUUUAAUAAUAAUAAUAAUAAUAAACUUUUGUACACAUAAG